AUGAUUCUCAUGAAUCUUCUGCUCGCGUGCAUCUUCGCCCUGUGCGUCGUUGCCGCACCCACGGACUUCGAGCUACACUCUCCGGUCGCGAUUCCUGUCCCCGGCUCUGCAACCUACGACGCCGACGUCGCUGCUAUCCUUGCCUACGUCCGUUCUCACAACUCUUCCCCCGUCCAGAGGUCCGCCGCCGAUGAGCCAAUUACUAGGUUAUGCGGCUUCUACGAAAGUACUCCCGACUCCAAACCCCUCUGGAAGGAGAUGCGCGAAGAUGGGUCGAUGAACUAUCGCAGCUUCGAGCUGGAUCCGGGCUCCACGAUCAAGAGCGUCCUCAACCGCCACUGCGGAUUCUGCAUGUACUUCGACGAAAAGGGCGCUCUCAUCAUGUCCGUAGGACCCGAUGAAGUGAAGUUCGCGCAUCCUACAACUGCCAAGACCUACAUCUGCUGGCGUCCGCCGCUGAAGGGUCACGAAGGCGGUAACUGA